AGUUCUUGAGACAAGAUAUCAACUCAAUGCACCAAUUUAUACAACGUGUAUUAGACUCCACAAAUUCAAAUCAGCUUGAUUACAAUCUCAUUAUGUCAGAAAUUGAGCACUGUAAAGGCAUACAAAAUAGUUGUCCGAAUAAUUUUUGUGAAGUACUCAAUGAAGAAUUAACAGCAUUAAAAUGUUCUGUUACUGCUUGUUUGUACAACAUAUUAUAUAAUAAACUCGAGUCUAGAACUAAAAUAAGCACUGAAGAUUCUCGCCUCAUUUAUCCUAAUCAUUAUUGUUUGGACAGUAACUAUAAAUCUGACGAAGACAGAUUACAAAAAGUUUUUGUUGCUUUGGUUCUCCAUUUUUUUCUUUCUUUUAUUAUAAAUCUUAAUGAUGUCUUGGAAGAUUUGCUCAAAGAUAUUAACCCAAAAGAUGCUUUCCGUGUCUUACAAAAAAGUAUUAAACCAUUGACAAAUAAAUUACAUAGUAAUUCUCUGGUAUUGGAAAAAAUUCUAACUUACAGUGCUGAUUUAAAAACAUUUAAAUUUGAUUCUCAACACAUUGUUAUGGAAAAUAUUUUGCUAUUCAUAUCAAAUAAAUAUAUUGAAUGUGUUAAUUCUAUUAAAGAAUUCAUAAAAUCAGAUAAUACUGUUAACAUUGAUUGUUCAGCUUUGCGUCAAAACAUAAUAUCGUUUAUGGCAUUAAAGUUUCCUAUUGGAGAGUUAGUGAACUCUGGUGAAUAUUUGGAUCCUACCAAUAUAACCAAGAAAUUGGAUGGUGCUUAUGACACCGUACAUACUCUGUUACGGGCCAUAAAUAUAUUGGAGUUUGAAUAUUUAUAUAAAUAUAGCCAAGUGGAUAUGCACUGGCAUAUGAGAAAUCCACUAUUGCACGUGAAACAUUCAAAACAAGCUAAAGAGGAAUUAAAUUCAGCAUCAAUUUCUCAAAAUAGCUACAAAAGUAUUAUUCAUGUUUAUAACGAAAAAUUAAAUGAAGAGAUGAACAGGUCAUUAUCAUUAGAACAAGAAAAAAUCCAUUGGGAAAAUGAGUAUAAACUUUUAUGUAAAAAAAAGGAAAGUGUACCAUAUAAAGACAAAUAUUCUGCAAGUUCGGAGGCAUUUGCGGUGGAAAAUGAAUUGGGAAAAUGCGAGUCGGGUUUUCAAUUUAAUGAUGGAGUAAUGGAGAGAGAAAAAGAACUCAAAUGUUAUUUUGAAAAGAAAAUUAAUAAUUUGAUUUCCACGAAUAAAGAAUUAUCCAGCCAAAGCAAUGCUUACGCUAUGGAGAUCACCGCAUUGAAAACACGACUGGACCAUAGCAUAUUUGUGCGUAACGAUCUGGAAAUAAAGCUACAUGAGGCAUCAGAACACAUUGAUGAUCUGAAAGAGGAAUUUCACUUAACAUCUACCAAUUACGAGUCACAACUCAGAGCAAUGACCGAACAUUUGGCUAGUUUAAACGAGACGGUUGUGUUAGAGCGACGACAUAUAGACGAUCUUAACAGUCAAUUGAAAAUGAAAGCAGUGAGUUAAAUUAAAAAUCCUUGAUAUAAUUAUUAGGGU